GCAUGAACCAAUUAAUGUGUUUUCAUUAAAAUCGGGGAUGGGUUGCUGGGUCAAGAUCAAAUGAGAUAUUGGGACAUUCCAUUUUUUAUCCGCACCCCUCUUGGUUGGGGGAGGGGGAAGAGGUGCUGAUAAAAAAUGGAGUUUCCCAUUCAGUGAUGGGCUGGGGUGGGGGUGGUAGGUGGUCUUAAAUAACUCCCCCUGAUUACUUAGUGUUUCCUGCCUCUUUGGGCUUCUUUUUAAUAAGAUAGCUUGCAAUGUUAUAAAAAUAUUUUUCCUGUUUAUCUCAAUUCCUCCAAGCUGGGGAAUCCCACUUGUCUUGUGCACAUUCCCUUUUCUUGUGUCAUGUGGAUAGAGUUCAGACAUUAAACCAUGUUGCAUGUUUGAAUGUCAGAACUAGCUAUGUCACUGUUUGGGAAUUAUUUGGGAUAUUGGGAGAAUCACACUUACAGUGAGCUUAUCCUUUUCAUCCUGGCUGGGACAUUAGACUGCGAUCAAACCCAGCUUCUGAACCCUGCCCUGUGCUUUUUAGCCUAUACUUCACUCCAUGAGAGAUCCAUUUCUUCCAGCUUCUUCAACACUGUUCUCCACCAGGUGGUUUUUGGAUGGCCUCUCAUUCUUUGCCUAUAGGUACAAGAAGAACAGAUGGUUUUGUCACAUACACCAUUAAAAAUGUUUGACUGGCUACACAACAAACAUGUUUUGGUAUCUGCACAAGGAAAUAUGAAAGAAAUUCUCCAAGGAUAUGGGUUUACUAAUGUUUCUGAUAUACAAGAUUUGAAAAGAGCCUAUCCUUUACUAGACAUGGUGGAUAGAGAAACAAGAUAUGACAAUGCUAAUCUUGAUAAUGCUGGCAAAGAAUUUCCACCCAUUGAAGCUGUGCUGUUACUUGGUGAGGCAGUAAGAUGGGAAACAAAUCUGCAGUUAAUUAUUGAUCUUCUCAUCACAAAUGGUCGUCCAUAUUCCAGUCCAGUUUCCCCACCAAAGGAACACAUUCCUGUCAUUGUAGCAAACACUGAUUUAAUCUACAUGUCAGAAGCUCCCUUAGCCAGAUUUGGUCAUGGUGCUUUCUUGCUGAGCCUGGAAAAUCUUUACAAGAAAUUGACUGGUCAAGAAUUAAUUUACACAGAGUUCUUGGGCAAGCCUUAUUUGACAAACUACCAGUAUGCAGAAUAUUGCCUUAACCAAAACAAUGGAGGCACAUCAGGCAACAUAAAAUCAUUAUAUGCAGUUGGAGACAAUCUGGAUACAGACAUUUAUGGAGCAAAUUUAUGCCAUGAGUACUUGAAGGUAUUUCAUAAAACUAGUGGAAACAAUGGUGAAAAACAACUGAAAAGCUCCUGCCAUCAGUCAAAACAAAAUGGGAUUAACUGGUUGCCUGAAGUAAAAAGCGUAGAAUCUAUUUUAGUUCAAACUGGAGUGUCACAGCAAGAUGACAGCAAACUCACAAAUGGCGAUGGAGCAAGAUUUCUACAUCGUGACACUGUCUAUCUUCCUCAUUUGAGAAGGGCAAAUCAUGUCGUGGAAAAUAUUGCUGAAGCAGUUGAACUCAUUUUAAAACAAGAACAAGAAAGUUCCGUUUGACUACAACGGUGUGUUAUAUGAUGUUGCUGUGUGACAUUUUUGUUUUGUUACUGCUGUGUAUAUCAAUAUUACAUGGGCCUCUGAGUUAUGUCAGGGUAUUUGAAGUAAAAUAUUUGUUCUAAAGCUAAUUUUUGUGAGUGCUGCAUAGGCUUGUCUUUGAAUCCCAAUUGGACUUCAUUAGGCUUAAAAAAGCUCCCUUUAUUUUGAGGGAAAAAAAUUGAAUGAAUGUGAUACAUUUUCUGGACACUGUACAUUGGAUCCCAGAUCCAAUACAACUAUUUAUAUUAGUUUUUUAGCAACUGAGAUAUUAUGUUCAUGGUUGUUUUAACCACGUACAUGUUCAUAUGUCAGACUGCUGAAAGUUUAGCCAAAGUUUGCUUAAAAUCCACCAUUUUUUAUGACUAAAAUACAGUAUAGUGGUCACUGAAGCAUAUGUUGUAGUUAUUGUACAUCUCUAAAUACAGUCAGAAGGCUUGACAAGGUACAUGUAAAUUAGCAAUCAUGUUUCACUUUGGAUUUUUUUGAAAAUACUUGAAAUCAAAGUUAAAGAUGUCACAUAUCAAUAGUCUUAAUUUUAUUUAUUUACAGCAAAUAUUAGAAAACUAUUCCAUUUUGUGAAGAAUCUGAAAAUUAACUUGGAUUGAAAGGCAACGUUUUUAUUCUUUUAACCUCGACUGCAACCAAAUUAGUGUAAAGUAGAAUAAUUAUUUGUCAUUUAAUAUACUGUUGUGUGUACUUAACAACAUUUUAAAGAUUAUUUCAAGCAUAUUAUUUAUCAGGAAAGAAUCCUGCAAAAUCAAUCAUUUUAGGUGUCAGUCUGUCUCUAGGUAAACAUGUUUAUCAAUUUUUAUGAAUAACUCAGUAUUAUUAUCACAACAAUAACAUAUACCCAUGGCUAGAACAUUAUUCAAUUUGUUACAACAUUAACAAUGUUAGCAUUCCUGAGGAACAUUCGUUUUUGCUGAAAUAGUAUAAAUAUAUUCUC